AGGAACCGAGGACCUGCUGCCCGCCGCCCGGGGAGCGCGGGAAGGCUGGCGGCCAUGGCGUCCCCGGGCCCCGCGUGUCGCAGCUGGUGCCUCUUUCCCGAGGUGCCGUCCGCCACCUUCUUCACGGCGCUGCUCUCGCUCCUCGUGUCCGGACCUCGCGUGUUCUUGCUGCAGCCGCCCCUGGCACCCUCUGGGCUGUCGCUGCGGUCCGAGGCCCUGCGCAACUGGCAAGUCUACAGGUUGUUCACCUACAUCUUUGUCUACGAGAACCCUGUGUCCCUGCUGUGUGGCGCCAUCGUCAUCUGGCGCUUCGCUGGCAACUUUGAGAGGACGGUGGGCACAGUGCGCCACUGCUUCUUCACCCUCAUCUUCGCUGUCUCCUCUGCCGUCAUCUUCCUGUCCUUCGAGGCUGCAUCGUCGCUGUCCAAGCUGGGCCAGGUAGAGGACGCCCGUGGCUUCACGCCAGUGGCCUUCGCCAUGCUGGGCGUGACCUCAGUGCGCUCCCGCAUGCGGCGGGCCCUGGUGUUCGGUGUGGUGGUGCCCUCCUUCCUGGUGCCCUGGCUGCUGCUGGGCGCCUCUUGGCUCAUCCCCCAGACCUCCUUCCUCAGCAACGUGUGCGGGCUCUGUAUCGGGCUCUCAUAUGGCCUCACCUACUGCUACUCCCUCGACCUCUCGGAGCGAGUCGCCCUGAAGCUCGACCAGAAGUUCCCCUUCAGCCUGAUGAGGAGGAUAUCCCUGUUCAAGUACAUCUCGGGGUCUGUGGCUGAGCGGAGGGCGGCCCAGAGCCGGAAGUUGAACCCUGUACCUGGCUCCUAUCCCACCCAGAGCUGCCACCCUCAUCUGUCCCCCAACCGCCCUGUCACCCAGAUGCAGCACACCAACAGCCAGAAGCUAGCCGCCUGGCCAGCCUGCACCCCAGGACACAUGCCCGGCCUGCCCCCCUACCAGCCCACCUCCGGCCCGUGCUAUGUGCAGAACUACUUCGGUCCAAUCCCCAACUCCUCGGCCGUCGACCCAACCUCCACGGGGAUCUCCUUGGGGAUCCAGCUCCCCACCCCCGCCACUGGCCCUGGCUCAGUAUAUUCUGGGGCUCUGGGCCCCACAGGGGUUGCAAGCACCAAGGAGUCCUCCAGGGUCCCAGUGCCCUGAGAGAGUGAGGGGAGCUGUUCCUUAGCACUGACUGAC